CAGCAUUGGUACAGUCAGACAGGACUGCAGAAAGGAGGCUGAUUCUAUAGAAGACUCUACAAGAGGCCUGUACAGUAUACAGGAAUAUGGUGCAGAAGUCUACAGUGGUGGGUCUACUCUUGCUAGUGCUGGCUGCAGUCGGCACGUUUGUGGCCGUUUUCUUUGGGGUGCGGGGCAAGACAAUCACUUCUGAACCCAAACCUGGCUACUUUAAGGCAGCGGUGGCUGCGGACGCUGGGCCAUGUUCAGAAAUCGGCAGGGACAUUCUUAAAAGAGGUGGUUCCGCUGUAGAUUCUGCAAUCGCUGGUCUGCUGUGCGUGGGUUUAAUGAACGCCCACAGCAUGGGCAUUGGAGGAGGGCUGUUCUUCACUAUAUAUGAUGCCAAAACAGGAAAAGUCGAAACCAUUGAUGCACGUGAGACGGCCCCAGCAAAUGCAACCAGAGACAUGUUUGGAAAUAGUACAGACCUUUCUCAGAAAGGUGGUUUGGCCAUCGCAGUUCCUGGGGAGAUCCGCGGGUAUGAGAUGGCCUAUAAUCGUCAUGGCAAGCUCCCAUGGAAAGAGCUGUUUUUACCAAGUAUAAAACUGGCCCGGAAUGGCUUUCCUGUGGGCAGCGCUUUAGCCAGUGCCAUUAGAUCAAACAGAAGAACCAUUACCAAUGACAAGAUGUUAUGCUCAGUGUUCUGCGAUUCCACUGGCAACAUCCUGCAAGAAAACGACACCAUCACUUUUUCAAAACUAGCUGACACUUACGAGUUCAUUGCAGAGAAUGGGCCUAAUGCGUUCUACAGCGGACCACUUGCUGAGAACCUCGUAAAGGACAUCAGAGCUGCAGAUGGGAUUAUAACUCUGGAGGAUCUGAGAGAUUACGAGCCAGUGCUGGAUGAAACCCCCCCAACCUCUACUGUAGGUGACUUUACAAUGGUGGCUCCCAACGCGCCUGCCAGUGGCCCAGUCCUCACGUUAAUACUAAACAUCCUGAGCGGUUUCAACUUCAGCCCUGACAGUGUCUCCACCACCGAAAAGAAAAUCCUCACCUAUCAUCGCAUAGUAGAGGCGUUCCGAUUCGCGUACGCCAAGAGGUCCAUUUUGGGGGAUCCAAGAUUCGUCAGCAUCUCUGAUUUCAUCCAGAACAUCACCUCAAAGGACUAUGCUGACAUGAUCCGCCACAAGAUCACAGAUAAUACGACUCAGCAAGAGAGCUACUAUGAACCUGAGUUCUACAUCCCGGAAAAUCAUGGCACAUCACAUCUAUCAGUGGUGGCAGAGGAUGGUAGCGCUGUAGCCGCCACCAGCACCAUUAACCUAUACUUUGGCUCCAAGUUCAUGUCGAAUUCAACAGGAAUUCUACUAAACAAUGAGAUGGAUGACUUCAGUUCGCCUUUGAUCACAAACAACUUUGGAGUUCCACCUUCUCCAAACAACUUCAUUGUUCCACAUAAAAGACCCAUGUCUUCCAUGUGUCCCGCCAUCCUGCUGGACAAAAACAGAAAAGUUAAAAUGGUGGUUGGAGCGUCUGGCGGAACGAAGAUCACCACAGCAGUUGCACAGGUCAUUUUGAACACACUGUUCUUCGAAUACGACCUGAAGAAGGCAGUAGUGGAUCCAAGAAUUCACAAUCAGCUCAGUCCAAACACAACACAGGGAGAGCCUGACUUUGACAAGGCCAUUUUGGAAGGUCUUGCCCAGAAGAACCAUGUUACAGAGGUGUCAGCGUCCACCGGUGCUGUGGUUCAGGCCGUGGUGCAGUACAGUGCUGGCCUCAGCGCUGAGUCAGACCCUCGUAAGGGAGGCUACGCAGCUGGCUACUGACGUCCGACUCAGCGAUCCAAGUUUCCAUCCCAGCUGCAGGCAGUGGAGACGCUACAUUAAGACACCUAAGGCAGG